AUGGCAUCAGAAUUGGCAACUUCUCCACCAAAUGUUGAUCUGAAGACCUUCUUUGUCUAUGCUCCGGAUGGGAAGGGAGAGGGGGCAUUGGAGAAACGGUAUUCGGUGAGACCGCAACACUUGGCGGCGAUGCAGCCUCUACUUGCGUCGAAGGUUGUUCGGUUUGGAGGCAUCUUGCUGGACGACAAGAAUCAGCCUACUGAAGAAGACCCAAGGCUGAGGAUUAUUGGAUCCACUAUGAUAGUCGAGGCCGAGUCUAUCGACAAAGUGAGGGAAAUCGUUGAGUCAGAUAUCUACUACAAGACAGGCGUUUGGGAUAAGGAGAACAUCGUGAUCACACCUUUCAUACCUGCGACGCCACUACCAUGA